AUGGCUAAAAAUGAAAAAAUUUUUACCAAAGAAAAUAUCGGUUUAGAAGAUAUUUUUGUCAAAGGUACAUUUAGAUUUGAUGAUCUUGAUAAAAAUAUGAAAUCACGUAUAAAUCAAGAUGAUUGGGAACUUAUGACAGCUAUUGAUACACCUAUCGAUGUAGACGAAUUAAAAGAUAACAAAUCUAAAUGCAGUUGUAGUAAACCAUUUUGGCAUGAUUUUAGUGUAUAUGUUUACAUUUCCCAUACAAAUAAAGGACAAAAAAAUGAAUCACAGGGAAUGCCUUAUGGAGUAAAAAAAGUAGAUACAGAUAAAAAUAUAAUCGUUUAUUGUUGUGAUAAAGAUACUGUAACUAAUUCUAAUGGAUAUCAACCAAAUACUAUCUGGGUCUUAACUGUAACUUUUGAUCCAGUAAUGAUGAGAAAAAGAAUAGAAAGAAGUUUAUCAUUACCUAAUAUCAAAUAUGAUAAUGAUAUUACUUUUUUCGGUAGAGAACCAAUAUUACCAACUCAUUCUGGACCUUUUCUCAUUCUUGAUAAAGUAAUACCCAUCAUGGCUUAUGAUACAAACAUGGAUAGCGUAACAAAUCUUAAAAUCACAAGUCAAUCUGCUAUGCAGCAAUUAGUCGAUGCUGUAAAAGCUGCUAUUGAAAAUCCUGAUGGAAAACCAAAUAUUCCACUUAAUGUUCCUAUUGAUCCUAAUAGUGUUG